AUUUGGAAUGCUCAAAUUUGCCCAUGAAAAGCUGUCCCAUGGACAUGGAUACUGCCUCUAUGCUGCUACAAACGGACAUCUCGAGUGCCUCAAAUACGCCCGAAAAAUGGGCUGUCCAUGGGAUGAAUGGAUAUGCUGUGCAGCUGCUGGAGAAGCCAUUUGGAUGUUCUACGAUGGGCCGUUGAACAGGGAUGUCCGUCCACUGGAGGGCCAACAUAUCAACGCCAAGAAUGUGGCUGCGGGAGAAGGGCAGCUAGAGAGUCUCAAGUACAUCCUCAGACAAGAGAAGGACAACUUCUUGCAUGAAACGCUUUUUGAAACUGCAGCAACAAAUCAUCGUUGGGUGGUACUCAAAUGGCUUUGUCUGGAGGCUGGUAAGUGUGCUAAAUUGGCGCUUCUUGAGAAAGGCCUUGAGCUAUGGGAAGAAUAUCAUUCGGCUCUCAACGCCUAAUUUGACCCAACCCAAAUCAGAGAAUUCAUAGCUAAUUCAUAGUCUACUGACCCAUUCAUAGUCUAGCUCUCG